CCCACCUAGAUGCAAAGCAGGAUUCAAAAGAACAUCUUUGCGUUUUCUACCGGCUCCCCAUCAUCGUACUAGGGAGGAAGAAGCGGGUGAGAAACAAAACUUCUUUCCAUUGUCCUGCCCGUUUCUGCGGACUUGUUCUGAGGCCGAGGCACCUCUAAGAUACUGAUGGCUCUGCAGAGGACCCGUUCAUUGCUUCUGCUUUUGCUGCUGACCUUGCUGGGGCUGGGGCUGGUCCAGCCCUCCUAUGGCCAGGAUGGCAUGUACCAGCGAUUCCUGCGGCAACACGUGCACCCUGAGGAGACAGGUGGCAGUGAUCGCCACUGCAACUUGAUGAUGCAAAGACGGAAGAUGACUUUGUAUCACUGCAAGCGCUUCAACACCUUCAUCCAUGAAGAUAUCUGGAACAUUCGUAGUAUCUGCAGCACCACCAAUAUCCAAUGCAAGAACGGCAAGAUGAACUGCCAUGAGGGUGUAGUGAAGGUCACAGAUUGCAGGGACACAGGAAGUUCCAGGGCACCCAACUGCAGAUAUCGGGCCAUGGCGAGCACUAGACGUGUUGUCAUUGCCUGUGAGGGUAACCCACAGGUGCCUGUGCACUUUGACGGUUAGAUGCCACCAUGUAGGGAUUAUCGCGAGUGGUUGACCUUACAAUUAACUCCUUAAAUAGCAGUGAGUAAUGCAUUUGAGCUGUCCCAGGCUCUGUCUCCUCAGCUCAUUUCUUACUCUUUUUCUCUAUAUUACUCAUUCUAUUAAAUACAUUGCACCAAAGAGAAAUGGAGACAUAAACCUAUAAUGAAUGAGGCUGGGCUUUUCUGUAAUAAGCUUCCUUUUAUAAUACUGGUCAGCUUAGCUCUCUCAGAUCCUAUCCUGUGGAAUUUAGUUAUUAUGUGUAUUUAUGUAGUAUUUCAAACAUUUCAAAAUGCUUUCAUCUAUGUUUAUCACAUUUUAAUACCACAGCACUUAUAAUGAUGUCACUACAUAUAGAAGCUCAAAGUUAAGGGAUUUGCUGAAGACUAUAAAGUUAAUGGAAGAAUUGAGACAAAAAUCCAGUGUAGCUGGCCACUUAUCCAGGGCUUUUUCUACUUCAUCACAAGGAAUGUUUUGAAAGUGUCUGCUUUUUUUAUCCUUAAAAUUCACCUGUCAGGGAGGCAUUAAAAAUUUGGAAAUGUAUGCCAGCAAAAUGUGAGCUCUGUAUUUUUUGGCAUUCUUAUGUUUGGGUUUAAUAAGAUUAAGAAAAUGAUACUGGGAAUUUUCUUUUUCCUGAAACUUUGAAUCACCCUAGUAAGUCAAAGUACUAAAAAAUGUACUAGAUCAUUAAGACUUAUGUGCUCUUACAGAUUGAAAGAUUUUUUAUGUUUUCCUUGUAAUAAAGGACUUAAACCGAA